AGUGGAGCUGUUGAACAGGCACUGUGCCAGAACGAUGGAAGUGUUCUCAUCUCCCCUGUUUCUCUCGUUGAAGCUCCACUUGCAGCCCCCAAACCCGUGGUGAUCUCCCUGCUUGAAGGAGGGGAAGAGCCGUGGAUCCCAGAUGUGCGUAGCCCUGAGGCUGUGCCAGGAGACCUCAGCCCAGGAACUCGGAUUACAGAUAUACUGGAGGAUCAGCAGGAAAGUGGUGUGGCUGAAAGGCAGUGGGGUGGUGUCUGUGUGGAGGAAAUCAGAAGGGAUGUCCAAGGAGAUCUGGAGCAAGGUCAGGGUGAGCACAGCGUGAAGCAAGUAGGAAAGUGUCUGCAAAAGACAGGAGGCACCCCACUGGACUUCAGCAAAGGUCAAAAGGAGCCUGAAGAACCCGGGAGCAAGGAUGUGUGCCAGAAGAAAAAGCAGAAUCCAUGCACGGAGUGUGGAAAUAGCUUUGAAAAAGAUUCCAGCAUUGUUAACCACCAGUGCAUACGCUCAGCAAAGAGUCCAUACAAGUGUUCUGACUGUGGGAAGAGCUUCAAAAAGAGAUCCCAACUCACCUACCACCAACGCGUCCACACAGGAGAGAGACCCUUUAAUUGUUCUCAGUGUGGGAAGAGCUUCAAGAGGAGUUCCCACCUCACCUACCACCAGCGCUUUCAUACAGGAGAGAGACCCUACAAGUGCUCUGAGUGUGGGAAGAGCUUCAAAAGCAGUUCUGAACUGAAGCGCCACGAGCGCUUCCACACAGAGGAGAGACCCUACAAGUGUUUUGAGUGUGGGAAGACCGUAAAAAGCCCUUCCCACCUCAUCUACCACCUGCGCUUCCACACAGGAGAGAGACCUUUUCAGUGUCCUCAGUGUGAGAAAAGCUUCAAAAGCAGUUCUGAUUUGAAGCGGCACGAGUGCUUCCACAGAGGAGAGAGACCCUUUCAGUGCUCUGAGUGUGGGAAGAGCUUCAAAAGCAGUUCCGAUUUGAAGCGCCACCAGCGCAUCCACACAGGUGAGAGACCCUCUAAGUGCUCUGAGUGUGGGAAGAGCUUCAAAAGCAGUUAUGAAUUGAAGCGCCACGAGCGCUUCCACACAGGGGAGAGACCCGACAAGUGUCCUGAGUGUGGGAAGAGCUUCAAAAGCAGUUCUGAUUUGAAGCGCCACCAGCGCAUCCACACAGGGGAGAGACCUUUUCAGUGUCCUGAGUGUGGGAAGAGCUUUCAACGAAGAUGUAGUCUCAACACCCACAAGCGCAUCCACAGCACAAACAGGCUGUAGAAGCAUCUCAAGACUCUGGGAACCUUCAGAAGCAGUUCCAGCCUCGUUGCCUACCAGCACAGCCACACAAGAUGUAGAGACUGCUGAGUCCUGAAUGUGGAAAGAGCUUCAGCCAGGGUCCCAGUCUGGUCACCACCUGUGGCUUUCUGUGGUGAUGAAAUCCCCUGAGUAGAGGAAGUGCUCUGCUUUAAAUCCUCUUUCUUCUUCUUUGCGUGAGAAUUAUGUAUAUUGAUGUCCUUUAGCUGCAGUUGCUGUGUUGAGCAGCCAAACAAAGGAGAAUCCACAGUGGGAUGUGUCACAGCCACUGGAAACCCCCUGCCAGGUGGCACAUUACUGCCAGGGCUGUGUGCAAGGAGAGUCACCUCUUACCUCCCCUGCAGAAACUUCUCUGCUGUGGGGCAGCAGGUGAGGACCCCAAGGAAACCUCAGCUGGGCUGAUAUGUCACCAGGAAGGAAGAAAUUCUUUCUGCAGGGUGUGUGGGAAGAGCUUCAUCUGGAGCUCAACCGUCAGUAUAGCCCAGAGAACCAAAUAGGGUAGAGUCCCUGUGAGCGCCUUGAGUGCAGGAAGAUCUCCGUGCAGAGCUGGGAGCUCAACACACACCAGUGGAACCACACGAGGAACCCUACAGGUGUGCAGCCUGCAAGAAGAGCUUUGGCCACAGCUUGAACCUGCUGAGGUAUCAGUGUCUGCACUUGAGUGAGGUCCAAUCCAUGCUUGCACCAGUGAGUUCAUGUGGCUGGAAGCCUUAGAAAUGCCUCGAGUGUGAGAAGGGCUUUGUGCAGAGUGCAGAAGUCAUCACUGGCCCUGCAGGUGUCUCUGGACCAUCUGCAGAAGGGACAUAACCCAGGAGCUUCAGAUGGCCUUUCCUUGCUGCCCAAAGCAGCUCUCUCACCAUGCCUGCUUUCCUCUUCUGCUCCUCCUGCCAGCAGCUUUUUGAUGCUGUUUCCUAAGGAGAAGCGGCAGUGUAGGGAUGUUCUGUGUGUCUGUUGCAUGUGUUGCUCUCAGUGAUUUGUGAGUGCACUGAUGAACCUGAGGGAAUGGUCAGGAGAGCAGUAAUGUGGCUCUUGGAGGUUUUCUGAGAACCAUUUGCAGUGGAAAGAGAAGGGGGUGAAUGAAGUAGCUGAGUUGUUCUGAAGCUUUCUUCACUGUUGUUAACGGUUUACGGGCUGGUUUGGCCCAGUUCCGUGACUAGCGGGGCGGAGGGAUCCGCAGAUCCGCGCCUCCGGA